UUAAUAAGAAAAAGAAAACUCUCACCUUCUCCACCCAGCGAAGAAAAUGUUGGCGUUAGGGAUUCGUAGGGUGCACUCCGCGGUUGAUGCUCCUCGCCUCACCAAAUUCUUUCUCCACGCUCCUAAAUGCGUGGAAGUGGAAUUUGCUAAUGGAAGUGCAUUCAAGUUGUCAGCUGAAUUCCUGAGAAUAAAUAGUCCAGCUGCUGAUGGCAGGGUCAGGUCAGUUGGAGGUGAAAAGGUGAUAUCUGGCCGGCGUCAUGUGGGGAUCAUGUCUGCGGAACUUGUGGGAAACUAUGGGGUAAGGAUAAUCUUUGAUGACUUGCAUAAAACUGGAAUCUUUUCAUGGGACUAUUUCUAUCAUCUGGGUAGCAACAAGUUUAGCCUCAUGAGAAACUACAUCAAAUUGCUAAAGAAGCACGGGCUUAGCCGCGAUCUGCCGAGAAGAAAAUGAUCGAGAUGCUGCUUGGUUGCUCCAAUGAUUGUGGAAGUACUGUUGCUCUGUCCAAGACUUCUGCCCCUUGUCUGAGGUUUAAUGUCAUGAGAUAAGGUAUGUAUGGAAAACUGGUUUUCUUUGAAAGACCAACAAAAGUUCGGUUUUGUACUUGUUACUCCAAAAGAGAGGAUAUUCAAAUUUAAGGUGUUUGUACUUUGUACUCAUUGUAAAGCUUAGGCUGGUGUGUAAAUUUAAAUAAGUUUGCUUAGAACGACUCGUUUUAUUGGAAAGGCAAUAUUUUCAUGAUUAUAUUGAAUGGGAAAGGGAAGACAUUGUAUGGAAA